AUGAGCAUCAGAAAACCCGAACUGAGAUCAUACACGAGAUACGACAGCAAAAUAACCACGCCAGGCCGUCAGUCGAAAUGGCUUCAUGAACAUGCCGCAUAUCAAUCCCAAUGCGGUACCACAGGAGAGGACGGAUAUUCUAGUCAUGCUCAAAUUACCACAAUCGAUGAUCGUCAUAGCGCAAUACCAGAAGCUCAUCGGGCGACAUUUGAGUGGAUUUGGAGGACGCCAUAUGGCCACCAGCAAUGGAGUGAUUUUCCGCAUUGGUUGAGAGAGAAACAGGGCAUCUGUUUACUGACAAAGGUUAUUCCAGAUUGGGUUACAGGGAAAGCAGGUUCGGGCAAAUCCACCUUAAUGAAAUAUAUCUACCAUGAUUCGCGCACGCAUGAAGGGUUAAGAGCAUGGGCAAACGGGUCAGUCUUUGUGACUGCUGGGUUCUUCUUCUGGAACUCCGGUUCCGCUAUGCAGAAGUCACUUCUGGGUCUUCUGCAAAGCAUACUCUACGAAGUCCUUCAACAGAGACCUGAUAUCAAAGAGCGAGUGUUUCCUAGAGCAGUUCAAGAGGAGGUGUCAAGGCGUUGGACUUCGCGGCCUUCCAACUCUGAUACAUUCUGGACCGUUCCGGAUUUGCAAGCGGCGUUCGAGAGACUGUUGCGACUACCUUCUCUCAAAAUCUGCUUAUUCAUCGACGGACUUGACGAAUACGAAGGUGAUCAUGGUCAAAUCGCAGAGCUCUUCCAGCGUAUCCUUGUCUCGUCUAGUGUAAAGGCAUGCCUCUCUAGUCGACCGCUCCCCACAUUUGAGCGCUCGUUUUCGCUUUGCCCCAGCCUCCGCCUCCAGAACCUUACAUACGAAGAUAUAAGCCGUUACGUCAGGGACAAACUAGAAGGCUGUGAUGAGGUCCUACGCAUGCGGGUUUCAGAUCCAACCGAAUUUCAGCAGCUCGUGGAAGAGAUUAUUGCGAAAGCCUCCGGCGUCUUUCUUUGGGUCACUCUUGCCGUGCGUUCGCUUCUGGAGGGAUUGACCAACUUUGACCGUAUGGCCGACUUGAGGUUCAGACUCAAGGAGAUACCGGAUGAUCUGACUCAAUUGUAUUGGCACAUGCUGCGGAGCAUCAAGCCGGCAUUCUAUUUCAACCAAGCAGCAAAGCUCCUGAAGAUCAUGCAUGCGGCCUAUCGUUUCCCU